CUCCUCCAUUCAGCGCAACAAUUGUCUCAUCACUUCUUUCCUCUUCGCCUCUUCCGUAUAUAAUUCUUCAUCUUCACUUUCAUAAAUGGCAAGGAUGAUUACCUUAUACAUUUUAGAGCUUUUACUGGCCGUUCAAGUUCUAAUUGUUAGUGUUAAUCCUGGUGCCAAUGCUCUUUCAAUGGACUACUACAUGAUGCGCUGUCCAUUUGCAGAGAUGAUAAUAAAGAACACGGUGAAUCAAGCUCUAAGCAAUGAUCCAACUCUUGCUGCAGGUCUUCUCCGCAUGCAUUUCCAUGAUUGCUUUGUUGAGGGAUGUGACGGAUCGGUUCUUAUAGACUCUACAAAGGAUAACACAGCAGAAAAGGACUCUCCCGCCAAUCUAAGCUUGAGAGGCUACGAGAUCAUCGACCAAGCAAAGCAAGCGAUUGAGAAGCAGUGCCCGGGAGUUGUUUCAUGUGCUGAUAUUGUCGCCAUGGCCGCCAGAGAUGCAGUUUUCUUUGCUGGAGGUCCAGUGUAUGAUAUACCAAAGGGAAGAAAGGAUGGGAGGAGGUCAAAGAUACAGGAUACAAUCAACCUCCCACAGCCAGUUUUCAACAGCACAACCCUCAUCAAGAUGUUUAGCACGCAUGGCUUUAAUUUAGGUGGGCACACAUUGGGCGUGGCAAGGUGCUCAUCAUUCAAGAACAGGCUGAGCAACUUCGACUCCACCCACGAUGUCGACCCAACCCUCGACUCCAAACUGGCUGGCGCCACACUCUCAAAAGCCUGCAUCGCCGGCGACAACACCGAAGUAGCUUUCGAUGCUUCAAGGAAUUCCUUCGACAACGCAUACUUCAACGCGCUGCAGACUGGUGAUGGCCUGCUGAGCUCCGACCAGACUCUCUUCGUGAGCCCGCAGACGAGGGGUUUUGUCUUUGCGUACGCGAUGAAUCAGGCAAGGUUUUUCUUUGAUUUUCAGCAGGCGAUGGUUAAGAUGGGGCUGAUUGAUGUCAAGGAGGGGAAUCAGGGAGAUGUCAGGCUUGAUUGCCGCAAGGUUAAUUAAUUGACUUGGUUGAGUGUUAAAAUUUAUGUAUUGUAUUUAUAUAUACUAAUGAAAUGUGUGCUUGGAUGAUCUGCAUUGAGUUUUAGUAUAUAGGUAGUGCUUCUUGGGAUGUA